AUGCCUGUUACCGGUAGUUACAUAAUCAUCGCAAAGACUAAUAACAUAACAACUCUUGUGUGGUUUUCUAAUGAUGGGGGGAACGAUUUCCAUCAAGUUCUUUUUCUUGAAAACAAUGAAACCAUCAAUGGCUGCUAUCUGAAUCCCCACGGAGGCAGUGUGGUCUUUACUAGCAACCUUCACAAGCUGUACUACGGUAGCACAGGUGUGCAAAGGUUGGUUGAGUUGGUUGUAGCCCCGCCCCUACCCAAUUUACAGUCCCUGGCCAUUCAUAUCACUCAGACUGGCUCUGUGAUCGCAGUGGGGAUUACGAAGAUCAGUAAUCAAUGGUGGACGCAGGAGAUAGAGAUGUCAAGUGCUAUACAGCUGUCGGAGACGGUACCCAACAGCGCCCUCGCUGUCCAGUUUGUGACGGAAGCCAAGGCAAUCCUGUAUGAAGUCAUCCCGGCCGAUGAGGUCGGUGGUGGCGCCCUCACGCUGAGUCUCAUGACGGCAGGCAAGCAGUUGAAUCAAAGGAGUGGUGGAAGGGCCAUCAUCACUGAUUCGUUGCCUGAGAUCCAGACACCAGACUAUUUAGUCAUUGUGGGCAGAGCUCGAGUGUACAGUCAGUUUGAGGCCGAGACCUGGCGGAGUAGACCGGCGCUAAACUAUGACAUUACUAUACAACCCUACUAUGGAAAGACAGUCUUGAUGUAUCUUAAGCUGAAGGGAGACGUUCCUGGGUGGCAUUGCGGUGACGUCGGCAAGACUCUAGAGAUGCCUGGGGCCACCAGCAUCCUGAUACUAGCCUGUCACAAUCGUACUCAUAUCCAGGGCUUACCUCUGCUGUCCCACAUGGUCCAGCCGACCUACCCUGCCAAGAGAUGGAGGUUGUAUGACUUGAGAGCCUACCCGAAUCAGGCUGAUGUCAUUAACCAGACGCUGUCCGUCAACACCAGUGCCGGCGUUGCGUGCCUUCUGCAGGAAGGAAGAUUUGAGUUUGGCCAGCACCACUUAAAUAUGGCACUCCAGGUGGCAGGCGGACGUGCCAAACUUGGGCAAAUUCUCGACGAAAGCUGCUGUCAGUUGGUUAACAUCUCAGGCUCACUCAGCGGAGAGCUCGACCCCGGGGAGUGGGGUCUCUAUCAAACGUACUCAGACGGUAGGGAGGGUAAUGUUCCCCAUCUGACCCUGACUGAGGCACCAUGUCGACACUUCUUGACCCCUGACCCCAACGCCAGCAGGUACCCAGUCAGGCAGCUGGAUCUUAGUGAUAACUUCACCUUCUCUGUGACUGCAAGCCUGAAAGGCAAGAAAGCCAAGAAAUUGCCGUUGAUGUACUUGCGCGUGGCAAACCCCAAGGUGUUCUACAUACGGACCAGUGAAGCCACUGAUCAGUACGGCAGUGAAACGCUGACUCUCAAUGUCAAGAACAUGUUACAUGGCAAGGGAUCCUCCUCUGUGACCUUUAACCUCCCGGAUGCGUCUCUGCUGUGCCCUCGGACGUCGUUCACGCUGACGUUUCAAGCCACCUGCCCAUCCACCAAGCAUCUCCACUAUGUGUACCAACCCCAGCUCAGCCAGCAAGAGUUGUUGCACGGUAAUCCCCUGGACGCAAAGGGCAAACCUAUACUCAUUGAUAUUCCCGUCAACUACCGACCCCCAUCCCCGCUUGGCAUCUCCAUUCCCACCAGUAGAAACAUCUACAACGCUGAUCCUAGCAAACCAAGACCUAGGGACAUCUAUCAGAUAUCAAAGGACACUGGCGUCUACAAGCAGUGUCUAGACAAAGCCAAUCGUUCAGAGUGUGGCUGCACUGAUGCUAUGAAGAUGUCGUCGCUGCAGAGAAAUACUGACUGCAGAGAAAGGGCCUACAGAUUGGUUCAUCCUGGCAAGCUGUCCAUGAGGUUCCAGAUCUUAGAAGCAGAGAAAGAACCAAUUGAGCUAGUGGAACCUUACGUCAUUACAGUGAAAGAGAUCAACGGACGGCAGGACUAUAGUGUGGAAGACGAAUCUACCCCCAGUUUGGACAAGAUGAAGGAGUUAUUAACUGAACAAAUCGGCAACACAAGCAGGUUGAUCAACCCAGCCACUGUUCGGCUCAUACUCACGGGUUCAGGAUUGUAUCACUUCAGAGCGUCUGUUAUCCGAGGUUUUAGCUACUGCAAUCUUGAAGAUGAAGUGCAGGUAUAUGUUGACAAGGCCCCCUUACCCAACCCGACCCAGAUGAUUGUCAUCACUGUCAUCAGUGUGGUGAUUGGUGGAGUACUGUUCUCGGUUUAUCUCUAUUAUCUUCACUCGCAUCAUCAGCCACGCAUCAGGAAGACUGGCUCACAGUGCAUGGAUCCACAAAAACAACGGGAACAAAGGAAGUAGUGGUAGAUGACACGGAAUCAUCAGGAAAACUGGCUCACAGUGCAUGGAUCCACAGGAACAAAGGGAACAAAGGAAGUAGUGGUAGAUGACACGGAAUCAUCAGGAAAACUGGCUCACAGUGCAUGGAUCCACAGGAACAACGGGAAAAAGGAAGUAGUGGUAGAUGACGGGCACGGAAUCAUCAGGAAAACUGGCUCACAGUGCAUGGAUCCACAGGAACAACGGGAAAAAGGAAGUAGUGGUAGAUGACGGGCAUGGAAUCAUCAGGAAGACUGGCUCACAGUGCAUGGAUCCACAGGAACAACGGGAACAAAGGACGUAGUGGUACAUAUGAUUUGCAAGAAUCACAGAAUCAUCAGGAAGACUAGCUCAUAGUGCUCGUAUCCACAAGAACAAUGGAAACCAAUGAAGUAGUGGUAGUGGACCAAGCUUUGUUCAGAUCAGGGUCAUAUUAGCCUUUUUGAGAUAUGGGAGACAAAAGUAAUGGUCGACAAAUUAAUGGGCGCUAUUUUGUUUGGGUAAUUUUGGGAUCGCAGGAUUGUAAUAUUGAUUUGGUCCAGCUGAAUAUGUAGGCAUAUUCACAAAGUUUCGAGUUCUAAAAAUAUGUGGAGGUCAAAUAGGGAGAGGGCGUGAAUUUUCAAUAUUUGCAUUUAGCAGACGGAGUUCCACCUGGUAUUAAGACCUGUGGCUGUGUAUUGAUCAGCUGCAUUAUUUUGAGCUGGAGAUGUUGCGAAAGCAAGUGAUAAAGCAGAGUAGUUUUGGAAAUAUUCAAAAUGUGCUUGGUAUCCGCUCCGUUCACAAGUACCCCCUCACUGGCAAAGGAAGUACAGUUGGGGGUGACCGACCGACGCCAUCUUGCCUGACUGCAAUUCAUUUGCCGCGAAGCGCGGCCACUGCGUGUAAAUC